UAUUUUUAUUCAUUCAAUAAAUAAGUAAAAAAUAAUAAUUUGGUGAGAUGACAGUCAUUUCAUUUUCCUUAUACGGUCACGACAUUUUCGUCUAAUAUAUUUUACUUUAUAUAAAGAGAACGAAACAGCUUCGAGAGAAAGAGAAAAUCACAAGACAAUCUGCUGCCAUGGCUUCAAAGCUCGUGAUAAUCAUUGUGUUCAUUCUAGAUCUCAUCGCUGUCGGAUUAGCCAUUGCCGCCGAGCAAAGAAGAAGCGUCGGUAAGGUUGUACCAGACAAGGAGAAGGUUUAUGAGUAUUGUGAGUAUGGCUCAGACAUAGCUACAAGCUAUGGAGCUGGCGCUUUUGUCCUUCUCUUGACUAGCCAAGUCAUUAUCAUGGUGGCUAGUCGCUGCUUCUGCUGCGGGAAGGCUCUUAAUCCUGGUGGUUCAAGAGCUUGUGCCAUCAUGCUCUUCCUCAUCUGCUGGGUGUUCUUCUUGAUUGCUGAGGUAUGUUUGCUGGCUGCAUCCAUCAGAAACGCGUACCACACCAAGUACAGGAAGAUGUGGAACAUCGACAACCCUCCCAGCUGUGAAGUCAUCCGUAAAGGAGUGUUUGCAGCUGGUGCUUCCUUCGCGCUCUUCACUGCCAUCGUCUCUCAGUUCUACUACGUCUGCUACUCUCGUGCUCGUGAUGAUUACAAGAACCCACCUUACUAAACGAGAUUUCCACACACCCCAUUCACUGAUUCAAUAGGAGUUUCAAGAUUUGAUGGUGUUUUCAUUUAUUAAGCUUUUGGUUUUUUGUGUUUGAUGAUGUAUAAAUACUUAUAUAACAUAGACAUCUAUUCUACAUUAAGUAUCGAAGUUUGUUGCUUUA